UCGGCCAGAGCUGACGAACUUCCUCUUCUCGCUUUUAGCCUGGCCAAAAAGGGCAGGCGAACCGUUCAAAAAGUUAGCGGGUGUGAAGUGGAGUGACUUAUGAGUUGAUCAAAUUUAUCACUUUUUAUUUGCGGUAAAUAUAUACAGCAGUGAGUUAUAAAAUACAACGACAACAACAGCAGUUCAUAAUAAUAAAACAAAGCGAAGCGGGAGAAACAAAAUUUCUUAUAUGCAAAUUAAAUAAUUUUGUUUAUGGUGCAGCCAAAAGAAUCCCAAAAAGUGCAAAAAAAAAAAAAAAAGUCACAAAUAUACAGAAAUAAUAUUAUUUGAAAAUUGAACCUGUUUUGAUGGAGGCUGGAUCCGGCGAUUGAGGAUCAUUCGUUAAUCACUUGCUUUAAGGAGCUUAAUUUGAAUUUGAUCAACAUGAAAGUAAUCUAAAUUGGCUGUCACUUAAAUUCCUUGAUUGACGGUCAGAACGCUGCGUCAUGUUGUUGCUGCCAACGGAAAUAUGUCCAGCAGCAACAACAACAACAACAACAACGACAAAAGUAACAACAAUAAACACUAUAAACAACACCAAAAGUUGCUCAACGAAAAGUAAUUUGCGAAAAUCAUAAAAAAGUAGCGUAAAUAACUCCCGGCUCCACCGGAAUCCAAGUGGAGCAAAAAGCACAAAGGCCAAGCGCCAAAAUAGCCAGAAAAUUGCUGGAAAUCUUUUGGUUCACACCAAAACAAGAAACCCCAGUGAAAAACAAAAACAAAAACAUUCAAGAACGACAACUGUAGGAACAACAACAACAACAACAACACAAACAGAGCAACAACAACAACAACAGCAAGUGUCGCCGUUUUCUUAUGCACAAAAACCAUUCUGUGAUAUCUCAAGACCCAAAGAUGGCAUCGUUAACCUUGCACUUGAUAGUGAUAGCUCUGCUGGCGUCGACUGCGCUAACAGCAACAACAACAACAACAACAACAACAGCAACUACAACAACACAACCAGCAACAAAAGCAGCAACUGCAACAACAACAACAACAAUAGCAGCAUCAACAACAACAACAACAGCGACGCGUCAUCGCGGCAGAGGCGCCGCCCAUUUGGGGGAUGUUCGCUUAGCUGGGGGCGUGGCAUCCACAACGAGCACAGAGGCGCCAACGUUGCGAGCGCCACGUCAACGACGUCCGCCCACGACGCAGUCGAUCGAACUAACGGUAACGUUGACCCCGACGGGUCGCAGUCGAAGUCGCAGCAACGGCAGAACAACGACGCCCCUGCCACUUACAACAACAACAACAACGAAUACUAGAGUGUUGCAACGGCGGCGCAGCAGCACUUCCAGUACAACAACAACAACAACAGCAGCAACACCUAUAGCUUCACGAUCCACCAGAGAUCGGGGAAGUGUGAGGGGUGCGCGACAACCGCGCGAUACACCGAACUUAAGUGUUGAUGUUGGUAGUGGUAGUGGAAGUAACGGUUUUAUUGGAAGUGGUAACAGCAUACGACGCAGCUGGCAGUCCGCCCAGCCCACCGCCACCCACUACCACGCCCAUGCGCCCACUUCCAGUUUCGGCUACAGUUCCAUUUCCAGUUCCAGUUUCGACAACGAUGCCCCGUUUAAUGCCAGUGCCAAUUCCAAUUCCAAUUCCAGCUCCAUUUCCAGUCCCACUUCGACUUCCACGCGCGGCGCCCUGAAAACGCCGCGAAUGAUCCAGCGACUGGUGGCCGGUCACAUCCACAAUGCCCAUGGACACUCCACCUACGAGGUGUCGGCGGUGAGCUCGAACAGCUCCUCCUCCUCCCUCAGCUUCGUUCCCUCCACGACGGAGAGGAUCACGACGGAGAGGAGUGCGAGUACGAGUACGAGUACUAGUAGCACCUCCUCCACUUCGACCACGCGGCAACCGAAGUCGAGGAGCAAGGCGAGCAGCAGCUACAGGCUGGCCAAGCCCUCGAGCAGGCCGAGAUCGACCAGCACGGUGGCCACCACGCGGUUCAGUAAUCCGCCCAGCGUAGUGAGAUCCACCACGCCACUUCCCCCACUCAGAUCCAAUACUCCGAAUCCGAAUCGCUUUCGGGAGUCCAACGAUGCAGAGGAUGAUGACGAGGCGCUGCUCAACGAGCCCGAUGACUUCGACAACUGGGACAAUGGCACCAGGCUGAGCGCCGGCUCGGGCAAGGAAUCGGAGGCACCGGCCAAGAAGCCACCGAAGGAGGAGCAGAAGAAGACGCUGGCGGAUCAGGUGAGGGACGGCAAGUACGGACUGAUCGAGAAGGAGCUCUUCCGCCGCGUUCCCAAGCGACCGGGAGUGCUGAGCUACGCGAGGAACUCGGAGGUGCCGCUGGACAACGAGAGGAACUACGGGGGAUUGAACGAGGAGGACAUCUGGCUGGCCGAGGAUCACCUGCUGGUGAUCAAGGGCGGAUCGCUGAACGAGGAGGCGGAGGACAACCAGCAGGGUCCGUGGCCACCCAUCGAUGAUUACGAUGCGCCGGGGCGGCAGAUCAAGUUGCCGGCGAAUCCGGCGGUGCCGCCUCCAUUUCCCGUGCAGCUCGAGCCGCACGGGCCGCUGCAGCUUAUCCGAGAUAAUCAACUCGAGGUCCUCCAUCCGGCGGCUGGCAAUGGAACGCGCCACCAGAUCGACAAGGGCGACCACCAAGGCGCCGCCGGUGAAGGUUCUGUCGCAGCGCAUCCUGUUGCCCGGCAGGGAGCGAUUGCAGCAUCUGCGCCAGCUAAAUCCCCGCCAGCGGAUCGCGAUGACCCGGCCUACGUCUAUCCGUCACCCUACGCGCCCUGGCUGCUCUACCCCAACGACACGGUGGCGUCCAAGGGCCUGCUGAGGAGUCCUCCGCUUCUGGGGCCCUGGCUCAUCAACGGACUGAAUGGGAAUGGUUCCUUCCUGGGCGGGGACUCCCCGCUGCCCGCCAAUGUCAGCGAUUUCGACGAGGACGAUCCCUCGCUUUACUAUCCACCUGCCUACAGUUUCGUCUACAAGAGCAACUACUCGAAUCCCGUGCCGCCGGGUCCUCUGGUGCCUGGAAUAGUUCUCCCACCGCCCCCGGAUCACUUCACCCGACUGGAGGGCACCACCCGGAGACCCCUGCCCUCGACCAGCAGCAGCACCACCACGAGUACGACCACGAGUACCACCAGCACAACCACAACGAGCACAACAGUCAGACCGCCAGUGCAAUUGCCGGCCAUCAGGACCUCCUACAAGCCGAAGUACAAUGGCAUCACCUACUUGCCACCGCCGCCGCGGCAGAGUUCUCCGAAGUACGUGGAACGAGUGCCCGUUCCGGUGGCCGUGCCCAUACCCAUCUAUCCGGUCAACUACACGCCGCGGCCACAGCUGGUCUUUGUGCCCAGCUCCACGGAGGGCAGCCUGCAGGAUCCACCGCUCUCGCGGGAUCCGCCGCUCUCCAAGUCGAACCCCAUCUACUACGAGUACUUCGAGGCCAAGCGGCAGCCGGGCUCGAUCAAGUCCAACGUCAUCGACGACUUCCUGGCCACCAAGCCGCCCAAGCGCCACCAUCACAGCCACAGUCACAAUCACAAUCACAAUCAUCAGCAGCAGCAGCAGCAGAUCCACCAGCAGCGGGAGCAACUGCAGCACUAUAAGGCAUCGCCGAGUCCCGCCAACGAUGUCGCCGGUGGCGUGGAGGUGGUGAACAUCACGCCCAAGCCGCGGACCGCCCAGCUGCAGCUCCACGCGGAGUACGAGGCCUCGCUGGGGCAGCUGCUCCGGAGCAACCUCAUCUCGCCUCCGGCGGGAGGAAGUUCGGGGAGGUUCCAGCCUCCCGACUUUGACAAGCAGCCCUUCCUGCCGAUGGUGAACUACAGUGCCGAUGAGCAGGACCAGAACGCCUUCAAGGCGAUCGUUUACCAGCCGCCUGGCCAAAGGCAACGCCACUUGCGCGUGGGCAAACAGCAGCUGCAGCUGGAUCCCAAUUUGGAGGUGACGCCGCAGGAUUCCUACCUUCCGGGUCGCCACUUCCGAGUGGGCAAGCAGCACCACCAACAGCAGCAGCAGCAGCAGCAGCUGCAGCAGCACCACCAGAUCUUCGAGCCACAGAUUUACAGCACGCCGGUGCCGCAGUUCGUGGAGGAUCCGCAGCAGUUGCGGCCACCUUCGCCGGUCCAGGCCAAUCCCCUGCAGUUCUGGCAGCGACCUCCUCCGCAAUUCAAGAGGGUGCGACCGAGCAGCAAGCAGGGACAUCCCCAUUCCCACACCCACUAUCCACCCUAUUACGUGCCGGGAUAUCCAAGUGGUCCUUCGGCCGGGGAGCACCUCUAUCGUCUGGUCCCAGUGGCACAGCACAAACACUGGCGAAGCAACAAGCAACAGCCGCAACAGCAGGUGCAACAGGUGCAAUCGCAACCCAUCCAGGUGCAGCCCCAAAACCAGGGCUAUCCCGAUCGGAGCGUGAACAUCGGUCACAGCCUGGCUGGCGAUAUCCUUGUCAACUACAGCACAAACAAUCAGUUUAAUCCGCAGGCGGAGCUGGUGCCACAGGCCCAACUGGCGGCACCGCCACCACCCCCGCCCCCUCUUUCGUAUCAGGCACAGAGCGGGCAACCGUUGUGGUCCGAAAGGGAGCGGGAUCGAUCCGUGGAACGAUCGGUGCGGCAGUCAAGGGAACAGCAGCAGCAGCAGCAGCAGCAGUAGGUUGCAAUUACCAUACACACCAUACACACCAUACCAUAUCAUGCCGAUAAUUUGGUUUUCUGGUGGUUUCUAUGUCAUUGAUAAACGUAGUGUCAAAAUGUGAUCUAUAGGGAGGCCAAUCCGCAAUCGAAUCCCAGCCUAGACGAUACGAAAUGGAAAGCCGACAACACUUUCUUAGACAACAUUUCUCUCUCAUUUUCUACCAUUCCAUACUACUUCAUUAUUUCCUGAAUGUGUGCGCAAACUUUGGAGCCCAUCAACCCACGAAACUUUAUUAUGGUCUCAUCCCUCGACGUUUUUGGGCUUUGAAAAUAAUGUUUCAUUUUUUGAAAAUUGAAGAUAUGUAAGUCCUAAAAAAUAUUAAGUAAUUGGGAUACACGUUUUUCCGUUUUACUAUAAAGCCCCAAAAAAGUAUUUAGCAGUAAAAUAACUUUUUUUCUGACCUUCGUGCUACCAAUCCAAUUAACCGAAAGCUCAACCCAAGUUUACUUUGCCUUCUUUGCUACCACUAACAUAUAGUUACGUUAUGUAGAGCUGGUCAUUUAAGAGAUAAAACCCGAUUUGUCCUGCUGCCAAACUCUUGAAGGCGUUCGAAAGUCGAUAUCAUCAAAUCAUCGAACAUCGCUGUCGGAGUUGCAACAAAAACACGCAAAUAUAUUUAUACCAUAUAUAAGUACCUAUAUCCCUACUCGGUAAAUUUAUAUAUAUACAGACCUAUGUAAAUAAUUAAAGAGUUUAGGCGCUACAGACACCACUUAGUCUUAGGGGCAGUGAAACACAUGUACGCAUCAUCGAUAUCCUUAGAAAAGAAAGCGUUAGCUAUCUGUUUUAUCCUGCACACACACACACUAUAUGUAUUAUUUUUUUCUAUUUAUUGUAAUCUGUUUUUGAAUGUUUUCCAAAAUCAUUGCAAAACUUUGUAUAAAAGCCAUAACAACUAAGGUCACUAUAAGUUAAAAUCACGCUAUGCAACUAAUGAACACUAUGCGUUAAAAAAUAUCUUUAGUUUGGAUACCAUACCUAUCUAUAUCUAUUUUUUUUGUUAAUUGUAAACGAAUAAAAUAAUUUGUAGACGCAAAUUCAUAUUAUCGAAAUAAAGCAAAUUGAAAA